AUGGCCACCAUCAAGGCCAUCGAGGCCAAAUCCGUGCACCAGAUCCAGUCUGGGCAGGUCAUAGUUGAUUUAUGUUCUGUAGCCAAAGAAUUGAUCGAAAACAGCCUUGAUGCAGGGGCUACCAGCGUCGAGGUUCGUUUCAGAAACAAUGGCCUGGAUGCAAUCGAAGUUCAAGAUAACGGGUCCGGGAUCUCGCCCGCCAAUUACGACAGUAUCGCGUUGAAACACUAUACGUCAAAACUAUCUAGCUAUGAAGAUCUCUCCAACUUACAGACUUUCGGCUUCCGAGGCGAGGCGCUCUCCUCUCUUUGCGCCCUGUCCAAGUUCUCAGUCACGACCGCACAAGCAGAAGAGGCUCCCAAAGGUAAACGACUCGAAUUUGACGUCUCGGGCAAGCUCAAGUCUGCAACCCUUGUCGCUUGUCAGAAAGGCACUACCGCUACGGUGGAAGCCAUCUUCGAAAGCCUGCCCGUUCGACGGAAGGAACUGGCCAAGAACAUCAAGAGAGAGUAUGGCAAAGUGCUAGCACUGCUACAAGCUUAUGCAUGUGUCUGUGUCAAUGUCAAGUUCACCGUCAAAAACACCAUGCCCAAGGGGAAGAGCGUGACGGUCUUCUCGACUAAAGCCAACGCUACCACUAGGGAAAACAUCGCAAACGUAUAUGGAGCGAAGACAUUGGCUGCCCUGGUUCCCUUGGAUUUGGAGCUGGAGUUCCGACCCACGCUCACACAACUGGUCCACAAAGACAAAACUCAGUCAAGAAUCCAUGUCAAAGGUCAUAUAUCAAAGCCGGUAUUCGGUGAAGGCAGACAAACCCCGGAUCGUCAAAUGUUUUUCGUCAACGGCAGGCCUUGUGGCUUGCCGCAAAUUGCGAAAGCCAUCAAUGAAGUAUACAAGGCAUUCAAUGUGUCUCAAUCCCCGUUUAUCUUUGCAGAUCUGCAAAUGGACACAAACGCAUACGACGUCAAUGUGUCGCCCGACAAGCGAACCAUACUACUCCACGACUCGGCCGCUCUCAUCGAGAAUUUGAAGGUCGCUCUGAAUGAGAUGUUCGACAAGCAUGACCAGACCGUCCCUCAAUCUCAACUGCAGACGCCGAAGCUGCCUGCUUUCCAGAGAUUGAGCUUUCAGAGGCAGGCGUCCUCGGCUUCGCCAGAUACGGACAGCCAGGAGACUACAUCACCAGGCCAACCCAAGCAGCAGGCAGAGAGUCAGGGCACCGAAGAAGUGGAUUCAACAGGGGAAGAUAAUCCCGGUAUGUUGUUCAGGGAGCACUUUAAGAACUUCACGAGCACGAGGGAUGAAGCCCAGAUGGACGAAAAGCAGCAAGCAAACGCUCUGGCACGAGAAGGAAAACGAGCCGAGGAACUGGCACGAAGCUUGAACGUGCAAGCGCAGAAGGUAGCUCAGCUAGAUGAGUAUGACGAUGUCCAUACACUCGCCUCGCUGAAGGAUGGGGACAAGGAGGUAAUGGACGGCGGCUCCCAGUAUUAUUCCGACAACCCUCAUGCCCGUGAUGACGAUGGCAAAAUGGAUGAACAACAGACUUGGGAGGACGAAAGAAAUUCCCACAGCGAGAUUGCUUCAGAGUCUCCCGAGAUUCCAUCCACCAUGCCGUCAAUAGCCAAGGAGGAGCCAGGUGCUGUGCCUAACGCGUUCGAUCGUAUGAGACCCAAGAGGAUACCGGCAGAGCUUGCUACGGUUCAGAUUGGAGACAAGACGAUCACUACGAUUCUAGGGACACAGUUUCCUAGAGCACAUACAACAAGAGAACAGACGGCCGGGAAGCAGCGAGCAGACGCAGUGGGCAAACGUCUUACGCAGGACUCGCCAGUGACCUAUUUCUCCCAGAAGUUGCGCAAGUUUGGUGCUGAGGCAGCUGACGUCUCGGACGAAGAAGAAGUCGCCGGGCAUUCCAAGGCGUCCAACUCUGCCCAAAGUGAUUCUGGGGCAAGUGAAGAGCUCGGUUCAGAAGAGUCCGAAGACUCCCAACACAGUGGAGAGGAUGGUGAAUCAGAUGAUGAACCACCCGAUAAGGCGGAUAUACCGGGGGAUGAAUCCGACACUGAUUACAUCGAUGAGGCAGAGAAGAAGAAAGCCGAAGAAGCACGAGUAGCUGAGCUCAUCCGAGCUGCUGAAGAAAAGUCGGCUAUUCCCAGCAAAGACAGUUUGAAGCGAGCCACCAAAGCACUGACUGCGGGACAAACAAAAGAUUCCACGACGAACCUGUUGGCGACGGUCCAGUUCUCUACUGCAUCUGUUGCCCGGCAAAUGCGAGCCCUUCUCGAGCAAGUCCAGGCCGACUUGAAUACCCAGGAAGCCACGGCGGACAGUGACCACGCGAUUUUGCAGGAUCCGGAGACGCGACUCUCUCUAACAGUGUCCAAAGAGGAUUUCGCGGAGAUGGCUAUCGUGGGGCAGUUCAAUCUCGGUUUUAUCCUCGCGGUGCGGCCCGCCAAACCACGUAUACUAGCAGACAGAAAGGAGCGGUCAGGCCGAGAUGAAUUGUUUAUUAUCGACCAACACGCCUCCGAUGAGAAAUAUAACUUUGAAAGACUACAGGCCGAGACUGUGGUGGGAAAUCAGCGACUUGUCCGGCCGGCGAUUCUAGAUCUGACGGCGGUGGAAGAAGAGAUAGUGCUUGAGAAUAAGGAAGGGCUGGAGAAGAAUGGGUUUGUGGUGGAGAUGGACAUGAGCGGCGAAAGCAUGGUCGGACAACGAUGCCGACUUGUCAGUCUCCCGUUGAGCAAGGAAGUCGUUUUCAACACACAAGAUCUCGAGGAACUCAUCCACCUUCUCGCCGAGGCACCUGGGCUUGGAAGUGGCAGUGGCAAUGAAGCGGGAGUGGGAGUUCCGCGACCGGCCAAAGUGAGGAAGAUGUUUGCCAUGAGAGCGUGUCGGUCCAGCAUCAUGAUCGGCAAGACAUUGUCGAAGAAGCAGAUGGAGAAGGUGGUGUCGCAUAUGGGGACGAUUGACAAGCCCUGGAAUUGUCCUCACGGACGACCCACGAUGAGACAUUUGUGCAGUCUGAAUGCUUUGGAGUCGUGGCAUGAGGGGGACGAAGAAACCGGGGAAGAUCACGUAGGCCUGGGAGAGGCGCUGCACAGAUAUGUCGCAGGGGGUGAAAAACUAUAG